AAUAUACUGACGAUCAUGGGAGACCUAUCAGCUAAUCAGGAUACGCGGCUUAGUUACAAAAGAAUUACCAGCAUAAAGUAAUAUUAUAACAAUGAAAUGAUGGUUUUGAUCUUAAUCAUUAUUGCUCAUAGUAAAAGAAAAAGGUUGAGUUUUUCAGAUUAGGAGUCGUGUUAGUGUUGUAAGUUAGGAUUGUCAUCAACCAACACUAACAAAAAUACAGAAAAGUCAGAUGUAGAUAUUGAGUUAAGAUGGAGUUAUGAGGUGAACUUACAAACUGAAGUUAAGAUUUUUGUCACGAGCUGAUAUCAUUUAUGAUGUUAUUCUUUUUCAAUCUUCUGUUUACAAACAUUUAAAACUUCGGAUCAGAAUUAAAAGUAAGGAUUAGAGUGGGAUAACACUUUCUAACUUCUGAUCAGGUACUUAGCCACACAUUAUACCUUAUGAGUAGGUAUGUUUGUAAUUUAGCCUAAGCACCAUCCUAAAAUCACAUUUUGGUUGCAUAAUAGAUGUUUUUGUCGAUUUCAAGCAUUUUAAGAAUCAAAUAUUGCUAUGCUUCGUUAAUAAUAACGUGCAAAUUAUUUAUCAAUGUAAAGUUUUUCCUACCAUACAUAUGGAUAAAUAAGAAGCGGAAGUCCCGAUUAAAGAAUCUUUUAUAUAUGCAAUAAAGAAGAUUAAAAUUAGGUCCAGUAAACAAACUCAGUCCAGGGCGAGUUUUGAUUAAUAACCCAGCUACCAUCCAACAAGAUGUUAGGUUGCAGCUACAACUUUCGCGCCAAACAAUCACCUCAAAAACCGUUAGAAUCACCGAGCACAAAAUGCACGAAGUGUCAUCAUAAUUCCAAAUGGUUACCUCAAAACUGUCAGUAUAUUAUACUAACAUCUAUUUAAAAGUAAAGCAAAGUUUCAACUUAUUCUGAAAAACAAUUUUCUUCUUAUUUAGUAAAUAUACUUCCAGCUCUGAUCUGAAUAAUAAUCGUGUUUCGAAUCUGUAGAUAUAGACCAGGUUAGAAGUGAAAUAUAUGUAGUGGCAUUGGGCCCUAACCACACAAUCCUCAAAGCCGAAUACGAAACAUUUGGGAAAAUAGAUAUUCAACAUUAACACGGAGAAAACUCAACGAACAAGAAGGCGGGAAGAAUAAAUUCAAUUAUUUUGUGGAGAUAAGUCUAACAAGCUUAUUUUGCAAAUAGUUUUUAAUAUUAUUUGUAUUUAUUUUGUCAAUUUCUCACCGCAUAUACAUUUAUCAUUAAAUGAUUGUACCUGUUGUUUUAGAAAAUGACCUUGAACAUUUUUUCCGUUGUAAUUCUAACAUAGCGUGACACACUUUCGGUUGUUCGCAAAUACACUACUAUGCACAUACCCAUUGUUCUAUUCACGCUCGUUACCAAGUCAAUUGCGUUCUAAACUGGAUAUUAUCCACAUUUUAGACUGCUGUGCCAUUUCCAUUAUAUCCUACGUCAAAGAAACUUAUUGGCGUCAUAUUUACCUCUGUGGAAUUAUUACUCAUUUAUAAUUGUGGAUUUUUGGGACCAGAACUCAAUAGAAUACGCAAUGACUAGCUGAUUUAAUUCCAAAGAAAAAAAGUUCAUAUCAAUUUACCACAUAGAGGCGAAUCCAACAGCAUAGUUUUAAGACAGAGAUUGAAAGCAACCAUCGAGAAUACCUAUUAUGCUGCUCAUUUGGUUGUGAUUGAAAAGUCUAAGGCCAUGAUUCCUAAUAGACCCAAGCAAUGCACUAAUGAUUAAGUCACAUCCCAUUGUAUUUACCAAUUUACAUGUUUGUGUGAACACACAUACAUGGAGGAGUAACCGAACGUUGCAGUCAAGGGUCAAUGAACAUAUGCCUAGAUGGCUUCAAAAUCAAUGUUUGUCAAAUGAUCCGAUCAAUGUGGGAGGUAGAAAACCAAGUUCAUCGAUAGCGAAACAUAUAAUUGAAACGGGGCACAAAAUUGACAUUAAUACAGCUUUUAGAACGUUGUAUAGAAAUUGUCAAGGAUGGAUUCUUGAGUUCAUUGAAGCCUUGGCUAUUCGUAAAUUUAAACCCCCCUUAUGUGUACAAAAACAAUUUGUCAUAACCUUGAAUUUACCUUGAUAAUCCUCAAGUCAUUCUAUGGUCUAGAAUAACGCGACAAUUUCUCAUUCUUUCUCUCCCCAUUUAUUACUUUUUUACUUGAACUUUCAUUUAAUUGACCUUUAUUAAUUUUCAUAUAAAAACGCAUUGACAAGUAUAUGUGUGAC